UAUAAUUCUGCCCCACCCGGAGGCCUGAUUGUUAAGCAGCAGCUGGGAGCCUCUCUUUAGUCCUGCCCAUCUCCAGCUUCAGCCAUGUCACCCAAAAAGGCCAAGAAGAGGGCAGAGGGAGCAAACUCCAAUGUAUUCUCCAUGUUUGAACAGGCCCAGAUCCAGGAAUUCAAGGAAGCUUUCACCAUCAUGGAUCAGAACCGAGACGGGUUCAUCGACAAGAACGACCUGAGAGACACCUUCGCAGCUCUGGGGCGGUUGAACGUGAAACAAGAGGAGAUUGACGAGAUGCUGAAAGAGGCCCCCGGCCCAAUCAACUUCACUGUCUUCUUAACCAUGUUCGGCGAGAAGCUAAAAGGUGCUGACCCUGAGGAGACCAUUCUGAACGCAUUCAAAGUGUUUGACCCGGAAGGCAAAGGAAUUCUGAAGAAGGAUUACGUUACAGAAAUGUUGACGACUCAAGCUGACAGAUUCUCCCCCGAAGAGAUGGAACAGAUGUUCACUGCCUUCCCCCCAGAUGUGUCCGGAAAUCUCGACUACAAGAACUUGGUUUACAUCAUCACACACGGCGAGGACAAGGAUCAGGAGUAGUUAUGGUUAUAUCGGUUAAGUCCCCCCCCUAACACAUGAUCUGCCCCCUCUCUCACCACAUCCCACUUUGUCUUGCUUAGAUGGCCGAACCCUGUUUAGUCAGCUCAGUGGUACAGUAUGUCCUGCCACAAGCAGCGCAGCACAAAAUAGACAGAAUAGUGCAGGAAGUGACCCUUCAUCUCCUCCACACACUGUGUUUACAUUUCAGACCUUAUACGUGUUCAUCAUUUUUAUUUCUUGUUUUGCUGCCUUUUAUUUUCAAUAAAAAUAUCACCCGUGGCCGACAAUUCACCUAUAAACUUGUACAAUAAAUGAUCUCAGCACUGUUCUUGA